UGAUAGGUGUUAGAACAAUUAUUGGGGGGAGGUUGGAAGUUAGAGUUGGAGAAGGAGCAGAGAAGGGUUUUAGAGGGGGUAAUGGGGUUGGAUGGGAGAUUGGUGGGAGAGGGGGAAGAAGGGAAUAUGAGAGAUUUGGGUAAGUGGAGGAUUGAUUGUAGGAUGAGUGAAGAGGAGAAGAGACAGAGUGGGGCUGGAGAGGAUGAUGAAAGGGAUAGUAGAAGAAAUGAAAUCGAGAAAGUAGUAUUUUGAUCAGAAAAGAGAGAAAUAAAAAAAGCAGAUCGGAAGAGUAAGAAGAGAAGUGUAUUUGGUGAAGGUUCUCAAUGACUUAAGUCACAGAAAAAUGAUAUACCGACAUUAAAAUUUCUUGGUAUCAACAAAUUGGGAUUUUCUAAAACUAUCAAAGCCAAGCUCAGCAAAAUUUGUAACAAUGUAUCAAACCAAAAUUGUCAAAAGGGCACCACCGAAUCUACAAAAUCUUCAAUAAAUUACUCACGUGCUUCAACAAAGAUUCAGCCUUUAUAUCAAAGGAAAUAUGUAAUCAGAGAUAAACAGAAAGAUUAUAUUUUUCAGAAUUCAAAUUGUCAAAAUACACUUUGUGCAGAUCAAUCCCCUUCUAUCUUUGAUCGUACAUUUGUCAUAAAAAGCAAGAAAAAUACUUUAAUUGGAAUAAGAGGUAGAAGGGUUUCACAAGGCUAUCAAGCUUCUGCUAAUCCAAGAGAUAAGCACAAUAUCACCAGAAUCCGUCGUAACAAGAGUAGAGAAUGCAUUCUAAAGACCAAAAUCCAACCAAGACCUUCCCUUCCCACCUCAAAACCCAUAUCUAAACCAAUCGCCCUACCAGUCUCCUCUCAAUCCCGCCCACCCAAAAAGCCCCUUCAAACCCUUCUCAGGUCCAAGACCCCUUCUUCCAGCUACAAACUCAACCCCAAAAUUCUACCUAACAAAUUCAUGACCACCUUAAGCCAAGAAAGAAGAUUACUCGCCCAUUCAGUUUGAUAUUAA